ACACAACAGCGCGUGGACGCGCAGGCAGGCAGAGACGUUUUUCAUCUUAUUUCAUUUCCUCUUCACUUACAGGCCAGAUUCGGGCUGUCUGGUCGAAAAGCCAGAAACACUGAAUGAUCGGAUUUAAUCACGAGAGGUGUAAAGCUAACUGCUUCAUGACAUUAGAGAGCUAAAGUCAUGAAGACAGAUGAUUGACACUCUGAUGGUGUUCAUCAGUGUAACACACUCAUAGAGGAGACCAACACACACACACACUCAACAUGUCUGUUGUACAGGCAACAUGGCCGGCCGGGACCGAGUGUGUGGCCAAGUAUAAUUUCAAAGGCAGUACAGAGCAAGAUCUUCCCUUCAACAGAGGAGACUUACUAACCAUCAUCUGUGUAACUAAGGACCCAAACUGGUACAAAGCAAAGAAUGCACUGGGCAGAGAGGGGACGAUCCCAGCCAACUACAUCCAGAAGAGAGAAGGAGUGAAAUCUGGAGGCAAACUGAGUCUGAUGCCAUGGUUUCAUGGUAAAAUCACACGAGAUCAGGCGGAGCGACUGUUGUAUCCGCCGGAGACCGGACUGUUUCUGGUGCGUGAGAGUACAAACUACCCUGGUGACUACACGCUGUGUGUGAGCUGUGAGGGGAAGGUUGAACAUUACCGCAUCAUCUAUCACAGCGGAAAACUCACCAUCGAUGAGGAGAUUUAUUUUGACAACCUCAUGCAGCUGGUGGAGCACUACACUAAAGAUGCAGACGGUCUGUGCACACGACUGAUCAAACCCAAACUGAUGGAGGGAACUGUGGCGGCACAGGAUGAGUUUUUGAGGAGUGGAUGGGCUCUGAACAGGAAAGACCUGAAACUUCUGCAAACUAUCGGUAAAGGAGAGUUUGGAGAUGUAAAGGUCGGAGAUUACCGCGGUACAAAAGUGGCUGUAAAGUGUAUCAAACAUGACGCCACAGCUCAGGCGUUUCUUGCUGAAGCUUCAGUCAUGACUCAGCUGAGACACAAUAACCUGGUGCAGCUAUUAGGGGUGAUUGUGGAAGAGAGGGGCAGUUUGUUCAUUGUCACCGAGUACAUGGCAAAGGGCAGUCUGGUGGAUUACCUGCGCUCACGGGGUCGAACCGUACUCGGGGGCGAGUGUCUCUUUAAAUUCUCUGUUGACGUAUGUGAUGCCAUGGAGUAUUUGGAGACCAAUAACUUCGUACACAGAGAUUUGGCGGCUCGUAACGUCCUGGUGUCCGAUGACAACAUUGCCAAAGUGAGCGACUUCGGUUUGACCAAAGAGGCUUCAUCCACCCAGGACACGGGCAAACUUCCGAUCAAAUGGACUUCACCAGAGGCUCUGCGUGAGAAAAGGUUCUCCACUAAAUCAGAUGUUUGGAGUUAUGGAGUUCUUCUCUGGGAGAUUUACUCUUUCGGACGAGUGCCGUACCCCAGAAUUCCACUGAAGGAAGUUGUUCCUCGGGUGGAGAGAGGUUAUAAGAUGGAUCCUCCAGACGGCUGUCCGGCCGCUGUAUAUGAUCUGAUGAAGCAGUGUUGGACGCUGGAUCCCGUCGGGCGACCCUCCUUUCAAAUGCUGCGGGAGAAACUGCAGCACAUCAGAGCCAAAGAGUUACAUCUGUGAACCCACCGGAGAGAAAAGAGGACGAGAGGAACUCUUGUAUCACAAAACAUUUGAACUGGGACUCUGCGUCCUUCUGUGUGUGUGCUGGGACGUGGACACAAUCUCAUCAUUAUAAAUAUGAGAAGAGGAACACCUGCGUGUGUGUGUGUGUGCGUGUGCGUGUGCGUGUGCGUGCGCGUGCG